GCAGGGCCAGAGGAGGGACAGCCUGACGCGGCCACCAGCCCUGACUCAACCUGCCAGCCCCCUUACCUGCCAGCCUUGAGGAGAUGGAACAGCCCAGCCUACAAGGCCUGCCCCCACUCCUCAACUUCCCUUGAUAAUGAACCAGAAACUGAAACUAAAACAGGCAGGCUCCAGUUAGAGAUGAGUCACUUCCCAAAGUGACUGAAGUAGCUGAGAAGUGGAAACAGAGAGGCAGAAGAGAACCCAGGGCACUGAGACAGGGCUUUCUGAGGGUUGCCAAGGAGCAUGGCAGGCAUCCCAGAGGUGGUGGCCAUGGACUGUGAGAUGGUGGGGCUUGGGCCUCAAAGGGUGAGCGGCCUCGCCCGCUGCAGCAUUGUGAACAUCCAUGGCGCAGUCCUGUAUGACAAGUACAUCCGGCCCGAGGGAGAGAUCACGGACUACAGAACCCAAGUCAGUGGGGUCACGCCUCAGCACAUGGUGAGGGCCACGCCAUUUGGUGAAGCCAGGCCAGAGAUCCUGCAGCUUCUGAAAGGCAAGCUGGUGGUGGGCCAUGACCUGAAGCACGACUUCAAUGCCCUGAAGGAGGAUAUGAGCAAGUACACCAUCUAUGACACGUCCACAGACAGGCUGCUGUGGCAUGAGGCCAAGCUGCAGUACUACAGCCGCGUGUCCCUGAGGCUGCUGUGUAAGCGCCUGCUACACAAGAACAUCCAGGUCCUGCCUGGCAGCCUCUUGGGGGUUGGAGGAUGCAUCUUGCCAGGCACUGACAUCCUUCAUCUUCUGCUCUAUGUCGGAAUGGUCAGGAUUGCUGGUCUCCGCUUGCUGAUACCCUUUUCCAACUCUAGCUGCUUCGCUUGCCCACUGCUCCCAGAGAGCCUUGCUUCUGCUCGCUCGCACGCUGUUAUUUCUGCCCUGUCCAGCUCUAGUCACCUGCUGACACCCCUCCCAAACCCGAGUCAGGGACCUCAGGGACACGCGGACAGACUGAGCGGCCGGCUCCAGGACUGGGGAGGCAGCCCCUUAGCUCCUGCUCUCCCUGUGUCUGCAGAACAACUGGCGGGGCCACUGCUCUGUGGAAGAUGCCAGGGCCACAAUGGAGCUCUACAAAAUCUCUCAGCGACUCAGAGCCCAGCGAGGGCUGCCUUGCCCUGGGACGUCAGACUGAACUUCAUCCUCAUCCAGGGUCAGAAGCUGUCACUCCUGAAGGAUCAUAGUUCUCCAUGAAUGAGACCUGUUUCUAACAACCACUGCCACCACCACCACAAUGUGUAAAACCAAGAACUCUCCCCCAUUACAGCAACUCUCUUGCUUUGAGGCAACAACAACAACAGAACAAAAAAAAAAAAAACUUUAGUAAUAAAUGGCUUUGAUUUUGUCUAACUACCCACCA